AUGCAACAAGAAGUAGUUGUAUAUAUUACAGGAAUCCAUCCUACUGCAACAAGAGAAUCUGUUCACAUGUAUUGCAAGAAAUUUACAGGAGAAAUAUCAAAAGUUGAAGUUUUCGCAUCAUCAGACGGAAGAAGGAAAUGUGCAAAUGUAUCAGUUUUAUCAUAUAUUGGUGCAUUUAACUUAAUAUACGGUAUCAAUUACACGAAAGUUGAUGGUCAAGUUCUUUAUGCAAACAUUUGCGGUUAUGAUGUUAUCAACAUCCAAAAUGAAGAAUUGUUUUCUAUUUUCAUCUCAGGUGGUAAUUUUACAUCAGAAAGAGAUUUAUACGAGGAAUUAGCAUUAUUCGGUCAAGUUUUCAGAGUCAAACUCUUGAGAGGAUGUGCAGUCGCUCAAUUCUAUAACGAAGAAUCAAUGAACAGAGCAUUAAACGUGAGAUAUAUUCGCGAUGGUAAAAUAUCAAAGAAGACUUCUAAACAAAAAUCUACUGCCCUAAAGAUAGAGAAAGAUGAUACAUCAGUACAUAGUAAAAUAUCAGUACAUAGUAAAAUAUCAGUACAUAGUAAAAUAUCAGUACAUAGUAAAAUAUCAACACAAAGUAAAGUCUCAUCAAAGUCAAGAACUUCUAAAAUCUCAAAUUCUAACGUUUCUUACAUUUCAAGAGACAAAGUUGGAGUGUUCAAUUUCGAAAUUACACGCCAAAGCUCUACAUCUGCUAUGUAA